AUGACACGUAAGCACAUACACGCACAUGCACAAACACGCACACAUACACGAACACGAACACAUACAUGAACACGUAUCCUCCUCUCUCUCGCAGGUAGACGUGUUGUGAAAGGCGACGCAGGGCGUCCAUCGUCAAUGUCCAUGCUUACUCGCUCACAAGCACGUCAUGCCGCUUCGGACCCUACGUCUUUCCCAACUACACACUCUACCUACCCGCACGGGGCACCACUGAGCCGACACACACUUCCACGUAGGUCCCGGCUGGGAACAGUGUAGCACUAACCCUUAACUCAGGGCUCAGCAAGAGUCCUGCCUUGCCAACGUCCCCAGGCCGUUUGUUAGUGCGUCCCUGCCACUCCUGUGCAUGCCUCCGUCGCGCUCUUCCUACCUUCCCCGUGCGUAAUCAUGUAAUCAUGCAAUCAUGUAAUCAUACAACCCCAACUUACUCUUACCAGCGGACACUUGCUUUGUCAUGUAGUCACGCACCCUCAGCAGCAACACAGGUACACACACAUACACAUGCAACACACACGUAACGCACCCCCCACACGCAUUCAUGCACAAAGAGAGAAGGAUGCUGUGGCUGCUGUUGUUGUUAUCUCUCAGGUAGUGUUUCAAGAGUGCUGGGAACUCGUCAGUCCAUGCGCUGGAUCGGUUGCCAUGCUGUGCCGCCAGAUGGAGCAGGCACAGCCGGAUCGUCACGCUCUCUCUCCCAUUGGUAAUUCCGAAGGAAGCUAGCCAAAGGAAUCGUCUGCUUCCGUCCUGCGAGACUCUCCUUCUUUAGUCUCUUUGUGCGCGUCGGUUCCUUCAGGUAUUGUAUCUGUAUGCCUUCCUUGUCCAACCUCGUCACCUUGACAGUGUGCUCGCGACUGAGCUCCUUUACAUGGCGGACUUGCACCACAGAAUACAACGCGGGAAAGAGCGAAGCAUGCUCGUCCAGGUCAGGCACGUUUUCACUAUUCUCGUAUUCCUGUACGAGCUCUGUGCAAGUGAGGUUCUCUUCGUCUUCCCAGGUUGAAUGCGAGAGCGGAUACCAGCGCCAUUUGA